AUGACAAAACACCAAUUCUCGGAGUCCGCAGGGCCGUUUGACGGCCAGGCAGGCGCUGGCCAUGGGCCUAGCGGUGUUGUUGACGAGGUCGACCCUGAUUCUGACGCAAACUCCUUCUCACGGAUCCAGAUAAAACCCGUGAACGACGAAGACGACACUUCCGUGAUGAUCACCUUCAACCAGAGCGUUUCGUGGUUCAUCGUGGUGCUGACGUUUGUAGCGUCCAUCUCAGGGUUCAUGUUCGGUUACGACACCGGGUACAUUUCAAGUGCUUUGGUGUCGAUUGGUACCGAUUUGGACGGCAAGGAACUCACUUACGGCAACAAAGAAAUCAUCACAGCGGCCACGUCGCUUGGUGCCCUUAUCAGCUCUGUAGUGGCAGGUACAUGUGCAGACAUUUGGGGCCGCAAACCAUGCAUUAUGUUUUCCAAUAUUAUGUUUGUCGUGGGUGCCGUUUUGCAAGUUUCAGCCCACUCGUUCUGGCAAAUGGCCGUUGGCCGUUUGAUCAUGGGGUUCGGUGUUGGUAUUGGAUCUUUGAUCUCGCCUCUUUUCAUUGGUGAAAUCGCUCCCAAGAUGAUUCGUGGCCGUUUGGUUGUGAUCAACUCUCUGUGUCUAACAGGAGGUCAGCUUAUCGCCUACGGUUGCGGUGCCGGACUUGACAAAGUCCACAACGGAUGGCGUAUUCUAGUUGGAUUGUCUUUGAUCCCAACCUGCAUCCAGUUUAUAUGCUUUUGCUUUUUGCCCGACACUCCGCGUUUCUACGUUAUGCAGGGCAAACUCGACAAGGCUGCUCAAGUGUUGGCCAGAAGCUACAAUAAUGCUCCAGACGAGCUAAUUCAGCAGAAAAUCAUCGAGCUCAACACUUUGAACCGUGUCAUACCCGGUAAAAACGUUGCCGCAAGAGUCGUCAAUACCAUUAAGGAACUCCACGUUGUGCCUUCGAAUUUCAGAGCCUUGGUUCUCGCUUGCGCUAUGCAGGGCAUUCAGCAAUUUUGCGGUUGGAAUUCGCUCUUGUAUUUCUCUGGCACAGUCUUUGAAACUGUGGGUUUCAAGAACCCCGCUGCUGUAUCGAUUGUGGUUGCAGGCACCAAUUUUCUGUUCACCAUGGUGGCUUUCUUUGCCAUUGAUCGUUUUGGCCGUAGAAUCAUUUUACUCAUUGGCUUGCCGGGUAUGUGCGUGUCCCUCGUUUUGUGCGCUAUUGCAUUUCAUUUUAUGGAUAUCAAAUUUGUCGGCGGCGGCAGUGCCGAAAUCAAAGAGACUGGAUUUACCGCCUGGGGCAUCAUUAUUAUUCUGUCUAUCAUCCUAUAUGCCGCAUUUUACGCCUUGGGUAUCGGUACCGUUCCAUGGCAACAAUCCGAACUUUUCCCUCAAGAGGUGCGUGGUGUUGGUACAUCUUACGCGACGGCGACCAACUGGGCUGGUUCUUUGGUCAUCGCGUCUUGUUUCCUGACCAUGUUACAGAACAUCACACCGACGGGAACUUUUUCAUUCUUUGCAGGGUUGUCCUUUAUUUCGUUCUUGGUCAUCUACUUCUGCUACCCUGAGUUGUCGGGUCUAGAGCUCGAAGAAGUCCAAACCAUCUUGAAGGAUGGCUUCAACAUCAAGGCUUCUCAACGUUUGGCCAAGAAGCGCAAACAGCAGUUGUCGGAUCUUAAAAACUCGGCGCAUGACAAUGAGCUGCAGAGCUACAACAAGGCCAAGCCUUCCGAUGAAAUAAUGGAGAAAUGA